CUGGAGUACGGUCAGGCGAGGUGGGCGGGUGAGGGGGUCGUGUGUUGUAAUGACAGUGAAAUAGACGGGGGCGCAGACAGACGAGGGGAGCAGCACAUUUGAUGUCUGCCUGAGAAAACCCGUCGAAGAGGGGCGGGAAAAAAAAAGAGCGGAGUCGACAAUCUUGGAGCCGGCUUGCACACUGCAGUGCCUCUCCUGCGUCCUCCUGUUGGAGAGAGAGAGAGAGAGCGCUGCAGUACUGCGAAAAACGGAGAGAGGGAGGGGAGGGGAGAUAGGUACCGCACCGUCGCCUUUCCAUGCGGUCCGAGAAUACAGAGAGGGAGAGACUGGCGCAAGACUGCGGUACAGUUCCAGCAGAGAGAGAGACACUGACUUCGAGAGGCGCUGCAUCAACCCCCAGAGACGGUAGACAGGACAGAGGAGAAAAGGGUGGCUGGGGUGCUGCUUUUUUUUUAUAACCUUUUGUUGAUUUGCAUGGGAAAACGCCAAAAAAAAGGCGAUUUCAAACGGUUCAGCGGCUGAAAACUACUGGAUUUUUAAAGCACUGCCAAUUCUAGCAUUUGAAUUGGCAGGAGAGAAAGGGAUCUAUACCAUUUUUCAGCUGACUUCGACUUGACUUUCCCGUUGUUGUUUUUUUUUUUUUGCUGCACAUCAGUCAGGCAUCCGCUUUAACGGGGAGGCUGUCUGUCUUUCCGAACAGGUGACAGCCGGAGGCGCCUGCGCGUGUCGCGUCAGAAGGAGAGGAGACGCUGAAGUCCAGCCGGCGGCUCCACUGCGGCUCCGUGGCCGACGCGACUCCCAUCGCUCAUUUCGAAAGCUGCAGUCACAGCAGAUUCCGCGCCCCCCAAUCCCUCUCCCUCGCCAAGCAUUCAAUCCCCCCUAUCCCCCCGCCCCCCAAACCACCAACACCCCCUCCUCAUCAUCACCACCACCACCACUUCAUCCCCUCCAGAAUCUGGACGUUUUCUUUCUCCCACUCUGCCUCUUAAACUUCGUGUCUUCGAGCUUGCACUGAGCCAUCCGACAGACGGAUCUCAAACGCGAUGUCAGCCCCAGCUGCGGCCCCGGAUGCUGCCCCCCCUGCCGGGCCACCAGGAGCCCCAGGAGGAGAAGGAGGGCCCCCUGGGUCUGGCCCUCCCCCUGCCCCUCCCAACCUCUCUAGCAAUCGCAGACUGCAGCAGACACAAGCGCAAGUAGAAGAGGUUGUCGACAUCAUGCGAGUCAAUGUGGACAAGGUCCUGGAGCGUGACCAGAAACUCUCGGAGCUGGAUGACCGGGCCGAUGCACUGCAGGCCGGUGCUUCGCAGUUUGAGAGCAGCGCCGCCAAACUGAAGAGGAAGUACUGGUGGAAAAACUGCAAGAUGAUGAUUAUGAUGGGAGUGAUAUGUGCCAUUGUGGUGGGCAUCAUUUUUCUGUACUUCUUCACCUGAGCUGGACUCCAGAAGCCUGGACAGCAAAGAGUGGGAAGAAAGGAAGGAAAUAAGGAGAGAAGGAAAAGCACUGAAGGCAAAUCAGCCCCAUAUCCUUCUGAUUUCAAACACUAAUGUCUUCCAUACAUUUGUCAUCUGCUCAGAAAAACAGAUGCUAGUUUACACACAUUAAUGCCAUCUGCUUGGUUUCCUCCAGUUCUCUCAUCUCACUGUGUCUCCUGUCCUCAUGUGCGCUUAUUACUGAGGGAUUCUCUGUGAUCUCGUCUCACUGUGCCUCCUGUCCAGUUGUGUGUGUUUAUUACUGAGGAAUCCCCUGUGAUCUAUUCUCACUGUGUCUCCUGUCCUCAUGUGCUUAUUACUGAGGGAUUCUCUGUGAUCUCCUCUCACCGUACCUCCUGUCCAGUUGUGUGUGUUUAUUACUGAAGGAUUCUCUGUCAUCUCCUCUUAUUGUCUCUCCUGUCCUCUUGUGUGUGUUUAUUACUGAGGCAUUCUCUGUGAUCUCCUCUCUCUUACUGUGUCUCCUGUCCUGCUGUGUGUUUAUUACUGAGAGAUCCUCUGUUCUGUCUUCUCAUACCUUCUAGUGUAAUGCCAUAUAGUAAUUAUACCCAAUACUAAGAAAUUACACCCCUACCAUAAACAUGCAACAGAGGAUACUAUAUACUGUACGUACAGAGAGAGAGGACAUGAGAAGGAAUCUCUAAAAUGCAUAUGACAGGAUAGGAGUGACAGUGAGAGAGAAAGGAGAUAAUAUAGAACCCAUCGGUAAUAAGCACACUAACAUGACUGAUACAGAUAGUGAGAAAGUAACUGGAAAAACCGAGCAGAUCAUUCAUAAAUGUCAGAAUUUCAUUAGAUCAGUGCUUUUGCACUAACUUUUCAAAGCUUGCUAACUUUGUAAAUGAUGGGCAAAAUAGCUCCAAAAUACUUCUGAAACUGUACUCCUUUAUGCAAAAAAAAGAAUACUUAAAACACUUUUAUGAAUGUGUACCUGGAAAUUGUAAUUGUGCUUAUUUUUUAAAUGUUUGUUUUUGUACUAAUGUACUCAUUGUUUGUUUAUUCAUUUAUACAUUGUCUGAGAGACUGCUUGGAUAUUGUUCUUUAAUUUCUUUAUUGCCCAAUAUAUAUAUGGUGAUUCCCAGUGACAGAACUUCAUUUUCACCUGAUGUGCACACAUACUGUACUGGAAGCAAACACAGACAUACAGGCACUUGCUGGUGAGACCAUGUAUCUCCAAACACUCAUUGUGGAUAUCAUUGUUGGACACACUGUAUACACACACACACCUGGAGUCCAGACUCUUAUUGAACACACUGUAUAUACACACACCUGGAGUCCAGACUUUUAUUGGAGACACUGUAUAUCGAACACAAACCUGGAGUCCAGACUCUUACUGGAGACACUGUAUACACACACCUGGAGUCCAGACUCUUGUUGGAGACACUGUACACACACACACACCUGCAGUCCAGCCGCUUAUUGAACACACUGUAUACACACACACACCUGGAGUCCAGACUUUUAUUGGAGACACUGUAUAUACACACACACACACACCUGGAGUCAAGACUCUUACUGGACAUCCUGAAUAUAUACACGCCUGGCUUACAGACUUAUGUUAAAGACAGUGUGUAUACACAUCUGGUGUAUAGAAAUUUCAGAGAAAAAAACGAUCCACUGUAUAAGCUGGGCAUAGUGCUUUAGCGUUGUUUAAUUUCUGAGCUGUGAUUUUGUGGAUGUUUGUGCUAUUGAGUGGGCCAUCAGUCUGUGUUGAGUUCAUGCUCUCCCACAAAACCCCUCUUUCAUAUCUUCUCUCCCUUCUGUUUCUCUGAAAGAUGUGUGAAAUGCUAAAAUAUUUUAAAACAACAAAAAAAAAGAAUCUAUAUUUAAAUUACAAAAAAGUCAAUAUUAUUGCAUUGAAAAAAAUAGGAACUCCAAAGCAAUUAAAAUAAACUAACAAGGAUAAUAUGAUCAUUAUCGAUUCAAGCAUGUAUAUUUGUUCUGUACGCUGCGCUUGUACUAAUUAAAAUCAAUAUUGCGAAUUA